AUGGAUAGAUGCAAACAUGUAGGGCGGUUGCGGCUAGCCCAGGACCACUCCAUCCUGAACCCGCAGAAGUGGUGCUGCCGGGAGUGCGCCACCACCGAGUCCGUGUGGGCUUGUCUCAAGUGCUCCCACGUGGCCUGCGGCCGCUACAUCGAAGACCACGCCCUCAAACACUUCGAAAAGACUGGACACCCGCUAGCCAUGGAGGUCCGGGACCUCUACGUGUUCUGCUACCUGUGCAAGGACUACGUGCUCAACGACAACCCCGAAGGGGACCUCAAGCUGCUGAGAAGCUCCCUCUUGGCGGUCAGGGGCCAGACGCAGGACCUGCCGCUGAGGCGCGGGCGGACGCUGCGGUCCAUGGCUUCGGGCGAGGACGCCGUCCCGCCGCAGCGCGCUCCUCAGGGACAGCCGCAGAUGCUCACGGCUCUGUGGUAUCGGCGCCAGCGCCUGCUGGCCCGGACGCUGCGGCUCUGGUUCGAGAAGACCUCGCGGGGCCAGGCCAAGCUGGAGCAGCGGCGGCGGCAGGAGGCGCUGGAGCGCAAGAAGGAGGCGGCGCGGCAGCGGCGGCGCGAGGUGAAGCGGCGGCUGCUGGAGGAGCUGGCCAGCUCCCCUCCGCGCAAGAGCGCGCGCCUCCUGCUGCACGCGCCCCGUGCCGCCGCGCCGCGCGCGCCCGCUGGGCCGCGCCCCGCGCCGCGCCGCGCGCCCGCCAUGGCGCCGGGCGUCACGGGCUUGCGCAACCUGGGCAACACCUGCUACAUGAACUCCAUCCUCCAGGUGCUCAGCCACCUGCGCAAGUUCCGUGAGUGCUUCCUGAACCUCGACCCGUCCAAGACGGAGCAGCUGUUUCCCAGGGCCGCCAACGGCAAGGCCCCUCUCGCGGGCAGGCCGGCCGGCAGCUCAGCCACCGAGCUGUCGCCCAGGAGCCACGGGGCCGAGGCCUGCGAGCGCGAGGGCCUCUGCUUGAAUGGCGGGGCCUCCCUCAGCAGGAGCCUAGAACUCAUCCAGAACAAGGAGCCCAGCUCGAAGCACAUCUCCCUCUGCCACGAACUGCACACCCUCUUCCGCGUCAUGUGGUCCGGGAGGUGGGCCCUGGUGUCGCCCUUCGCCAUGCUUCACUCAGUGUGGAGCCUGAUCCCCGCCUUCCGCGGCUACGACCAACAGGACGCGCAGGAGUUUCUCUGCGAGUUGUUGCACAAAGUGCAGCAGGAACUCGAGUCCGAGGGCACCAAGCGCCGGAUCCUCAUCCCCUUCUCCCAGAGGAAGCUCACCAAACAGGUCUUAAAGGUGGUGAACACCAUAUUUCACGGGCAGCUACUCAGCCAGGUCACAUGUGUAUCAUGCAAUUACAAAUCCAAUACCAUCGAGCCCUUUUGGGAUCUGUCCCUGGAAUUCCCUGAACGCUAUCACUGCAUAGAAAAGGGGUUUAUCCCUUUGAAUCAGACUCAGUGCCUGCUCACUGAGAUGCUGGCCAAGUUCACAGAGACAGAGGCUCUGGAAGGGAGAAUCUACGCUUGUGACCAAUGUAACAGCAAACGACGAAAAUCCAAUCCAAAACCCCUUGUUCUGAGUGAAGCUAGAAAGCAGUUAAUGAUCUACAGACUACCUCAGGUCCUCCGGCUGCACCUUAAAAGAUUCAGGUGGUCUGGCCGUAAUCACCGAGAGAAGAUUGGGGUCCAUGUCGUCUUUGACCAGGUAUUAACCAUGGAACCUUACUGCUGCAGGGACAUGCUCUCCUCUCUUGACAAAGAGACCUUUGCCUAUGAUCUCUCCGCAGUGGUCAUGCAUCACGGGAAAGGGUUUGGCUCAGGACACUACACAGCCUAUUGCUACAACACAGAGGGAGGUUUUUGGGUCCACUGCAACGACUCAAAGCUGAAUGUAUGCAGUGUCGAGGAAGUGUGCAAAACUCAAGCCUACAUCCUUUUUUACACUCAAAGAACAGUUCAGGGCAAUGCAAGAAUCUCAGAAACCCAACUCCAAACUCAGGUGCAGUCCAGCAACAACGGUGAGGGCAGACCACGGACCUUCCCCUGAAUGGGAGGAACGUAUCGAGGACUGGCUUGCUUUUAAACUCUUGGUUUCUAUACAUCUUUCCUCGUAUAGGAAAUAAGGUUUACUGCAGGAACAGAUUACUAGGUUUGCGUCACUGGGUCUAGAGCAGAAGGUGCCAGGUGACUCGUGUGCUAUCAUAAAAUUUGUAGCAACUUUCUUUUAAAUGGGUUUAGAAAUUCCCUCCUUCGUUAAAACAAAUCAAAAGGAGUAACUUCUAUGAAGACUCUUUCAUCAGUUGCUUCUGAAUAUAGAGGGAUCUGGGUGGAGGAAAGAGGGAGUAAAUUGGUCAUAUCCAGCCAUGUUCUUUCUAUUACAUGAUUCCCCUGCUAAUCAGGACUCUUGCAGCACCAGAACCCUCCUGAUGUGAGCAGCCCUCGACAGAGCACGCAAGGAGGGGCCCUGGGCUGGCAGCUUGCUGGAUAGGAUUGGUUCCAAGGCGGAAGGUGAAGUCUAAGGAUUUUUUCCUACGAAGGAAGUAGCCCUCAAGGGUUAAAAAUCUGCAGACUUCCUUUUUUAGGGGAUAGCAGUUGAAGAAUGGAAUGAGAUGCAUGGAGGAAAUUACUCCAUGUGAAAUGGGAGGUUUUUCAUGUGUCAUACUCUCCCUGGCUGCUGCUGUCAUUUAAUCAUACCACAUCUUCUGAGAUGGCAUGAACAUCCCUUCAUUCUAAAGAAGGAGCAGUUCACAUGGGGAAGCAAGAAACUGGUACAUGACAUGUUCUCUGUGGCACACUGAGCCUAAGGGCACUCCUGGCUACCUAGUUCUGUAGCAAAUCCCUGGUUCAGGUCUAGGGCAAGCACAUAGUUUGGUUUAAAUUGGUCUUUGGGUCAGUUGUCUGAGGCCUUCUCAGAACUCAGGGGGUGGGGGUGGGGGGAUAGCCAGUGGCCCAGGGCUUAUCUAAAUGCCCGUCACCCAUUUCACCCUGGUGCAGCAUGCAGCUUUUCUUAACCUGCAGCUUAUUUCCUGUUCACAAGAUGUGGGAGCUUUUGCUUUUCUAAGGCUUAGGAAUCCUCCUCCUGUAUGUCUGAACAGUUUAUUGUUGACAGUCCUGGCCUGUUUCCUCCAAAAUCUGCUAAUCCCUACUGUUUCUUUACCCACCCACACUCAAUCUAUCAGAGAAAAAAGCAAGAGUGCCCUGUCCUUAACUCCAGUGCUAGUAAAAUAUAUCUUUCUUUUUUAAACUGGGUCAGUUUCUAAGUGGCAUGAAAUUGCCCAGAUGGAAACUCUCUGCCCUAUCAGGCACCACUGAAUUUCCCUUCUCAGUCCUUCGCUUAGACUCACUAGUAAAAGUGAAUGCAAACCGUAACUCUCACUGUGGGAGUGCUGCAGCCCGCCUCAGCCUGUCACUCUGAAUGCUCAUCUUUUGACUGAGUAUGUCAUACUAACAUUUCAAUUCAGGUAGAAGUACAGUUGCCACCUGAAGAGGAUGGAUGUGAAGGGAGUUUGGGGAGGGAUGGGAAGUUGGGAAAAGAAAGGCUGAAGAAUGAGAUUCAAAGGUUUAGCGAUGUUGAGGAACCACAUUUCCCAAGCAGAUCUGUAGCAUUUGCUGUUGACCUCUUUUGAGAUGAAUUCUCCCAUAGGACCUGCCAGACAGCACUGAGACUUGGAGGAAAUCAGACAGAAAAUGGCUCACCCUGAUAAGGAAGAGGAGUGACUAUAUUUUAAAUUAAACUUGCUUUUUCCAACACUGUGAGGUUUCUGUAAUAUUUAGCUUUUAUUUGGAAGCGAUAGCGUAUGGCAUUUUUUAUGCUAUUUGGUUUAUAUUGUCUACUGCAGGCUUCUUUGUACAAGCUUGGCCCGGGCUUACCCUCACCUGGACACUGUUUUAAAGUGUCACAGCUGCCCAUGCUGUCAGAGGCUCUGAUGUGAGGCUGUAUCCUCUAGAUCCAUAUUUUUAAGUUGGCAUGAUUGGUGAUGACUUUUGGUGGCAAGAGAAAAGCGCAUUAACUCAAAAAAACCCAAGGAGAGUAAAAAGGGAAGGAAAAUAUAAAUUGUGCCUCAUCUUCCAUUGAAUGCUAUAUUUAUUAUUCUAGAAAAAGAAAACUUACAAAUGGAGAAGUACUAAUAGAGCAUCUACUUCAUCCCUCAGGCUGUCCAGGGGAAAACAAGAAAAAUAAACAUCUAAUAGAAAAUUAAAAGAUCUUCAAAUUUAAUUCUUAAAAAUAGUUUUAUACCAAGUAUUAAGGAUUAUUAAGCAAAGGACUUUGUAAAAUAAGUGCUUAAAUUAGCUGAGCACACAUUGUAUCAAGUUAACAAAAUCAUUUAAAAUGAGUUGGAAUAGAAACCAAUACCUCAAUGAGCUGCACACACUUGAAGGUGCCCCUGCAGUGAGACACCUCAGGUACCCAGAGGCAGCAGCACUAGACGCUGUUGAGAAGUUAGUAUUUAUGGAGAUUUUAAUUAAAGAAAAGAGUUUCCUGCUGCAUAAGCCAAUGGCUGUUGUGAGGGAAAUGUCCCUUUGCCUUUAAUUUAUUUACAUACUGGAAGUAGAUGAAUUUCUUAGUUGCAUCUUACUUUAAGUCGAAACAUUGUAAAGAGAAGAAAAUAAGAACCGGGUAGAAGUUGACCAGAUGCUGCCAAAUCAAACCCAAGAUCUCCUAACUGAACCUUACGAGCCUGCUUCUUUCCCAGACAAGUAGUUGGAGUCCCGUUCUAGGAACCCUUUGUAGUUGGCUGGUGUGUUUACUUUUUGCUGUAGCCAGCCAAGGUGAAUGCACCCUGGCCCCUCAAAAAGGAUUUUACCUCAAUCUAGCUUGACCCUCUUACUUGUGGUUGCCUCUGAGAGCAUCCAUGCUAGUGUUUGUUUUUUUUUUAAAAAAAAAAAGAUUAGGAAUGCCCUCAAUGGCCAAGAACUGAACUCUUAUUUAAAGGUGGGCAGACCUCUUGCCUGCUUUGAUCCAGUCCCUCUCAGGCUGAUGGGGGCAGUGCCACACUGUAAAGAAUUUCCAGAUGUCUCUUACAAUGUCAUGAAUAAAAUUGCAAACUAUAGAAGUGUUAAUGUGUCCUAUGGACUCAAUAGCAGAGUUUAUUUUUGUUUUUAAUGGCAAGGCUUCUAGAGUCAAUGAUUGUAUGAGUUCCCCGCUCAGGCUAUGCUUACAGUUCCAUCAGAGUGCAAGAACUAAUGAGGUGGGUUGACUGGCAGUGGAGCAUGGCCCUAGCCAGGUCCCAGCGUAAACACAAGAGAGGUCAACAGUAGUACAGAAUGAAAACCUGGUUGGGUGUUUGGGGUUGGGAUGUGGGUGGGCAGGGAGGGAGAAAUGGAGUUUGUUUUACUUACUGAUAAAGCUUUGUGAACUAAUUUUAUACAAUUCAUAAAAUUUGGUGCCUUGUACCCAAUUAUGGUUUGCAUGGGAUUGAAAAGAUUAAGGGAAAGGAUUCCUUCUUGUCGUUUCAAGUGGCAAAUGGAUCUGUAUAGUGUAAAGGACAUUUGGUGUCAGACUUUUUAAAAGCAUUUCAUAUCUUGUGUGUGUAAAAGCAAAUUAUUCUUACCAGCAAGUUCUGAAAUUUUAAUUGUAAUAUCCAAAAUCUUUGUGUUUGAUUAUUCAUCAGUGUCUCCUUUUCAAGGCAGACUAUGUACCCCAUUCUUUUUUACCACCCCUUUUAUGUUCCAAUCAUUAGCUCAGGCCUUUUUAAAAUCAGGCUGGGAGGGCUACCCCUUCCUAAACAUAUACUGUAUUCCUAUCUGGGAUUAUAUCUUAUAAGUGGAAGGGCUGCUUUUCCAGCUGGUUGGGAGAGCACAAAUAUUCAGAAAAAGGUCUUUUAGUUUUUCUAAUGCUGGGCAACAUAUGGUAGAAGUCAAACAGAAACGGUUCCUCCUGAAAUGGUACCUUCAUUAGUUCUGAAGUUCUUUUGCACAAAAUUUCAGGAAGCAGUGUAGAACACAGUCCCCUAUAUGUGAAACUUUAGAUUGUAAGGCAAGCCAGUGCACUGUGUAAUAUGCAAAAAAGAAGGCUCAAAGAACCCGUCCCAGCUCCCCAGCCCCACUCCCUGGCAGCUGCUGACUGGGAUGGUGCUGAGUGGCUGUGGAAGGGGAAGAGACCCAGCCUGCUCACCUGCAGGGCUAUAAACACAGCAUGUUCCUUUUACUCCCACCUUAAGGUUUCCAAGACUUCACCAAAGGGUGUUUAAAAAGCUUACCACUCGAAGCACAUAUAAUAAUUGGAUCCCUCAGCCUAAUUAGGUGAGGGGGUUGUAUCUUUGGAAUAAAACCUCCCAUGGCCACUUAGUUUCUUUACCAGGUAAGUAUGAAUCUCCCUGGUGGUUCAGAUUCUUUUUUGAAGUUAGCACUAAAGCUGAAAAGCGCCUUCUGAAUAUGACUGUGAGUUUAUUUUAUAUCUUCCACGUUUAAAUUCACCAUUUUCUUGGUCUAGGGCUUUGACUUUAACCACUGUGUACUCAACCCAAACACUGCUCUAAGUACACCAUAGCCACUAGAGCAUUGAAGUGAAUGGUCAUUUUUGUGGACUUUCUCCAUACUGAAUUCUGCUGGCAUGUUUCUAUUUCAAAUCUAACUAGGUUGUGUAAGAGAUUUUCAUAGUACUGUCAUACUAUGUUAUGUGUUUACAUCCUGUCACACGGUGUUAACUAGCCUGGGCUAAACACCGUAUGACAGGAUGUGAAACAAUUCCCUUGAGGAGAAAUGUUGUGUUGAAAUGAUGAAAACCAGCACUUUCAUUUAUGGAAUAAUUAUUCAUCAGAAUUUGAGGAAAUUGUAGAUUUGGUAGCUUUAAUCUGCAAAAUUCUUAUCACUUUCGGGAAUUAAGGCAGUUUAAAUGAAACUUUACCUUACCAGCUUUAUGGCUUUAUAAACCAACAGUGGCACUGUUACUUGAAGCUAAAACAUUAAAUUUUAAGUGAAACUUGAAUUAUGCUUUUGGAAGCUGCCAUGUCUUUAAUUUUGGCCAGAUUUUGAUUUUUAGCUUUGAAAAUUUUUAUCAAAUAGAACUGUUCACAAUUAUGAAUAGAUCAGGUAGCAGACUUCAAGGAUGUACGUUUCACUCCUAUAAAGAACAGGAGGUGCUGGUAUUUCUAGUCUUAGCGCAGUGGUCUGAUGCAGGCUGAAGGGAUUUAAAAGUUUCCUUCCUGGUCACCAUUUGCGGGGGUGAUGGCUUUAAACCUAAGCCUUGCUCUACGUAUGUUACCUUUCCUCAUCAGAUAUGAACUUGUCAGAGCAUCUGUGGUCCCCGUGUAGACUCUUAAAGGAUCCUGCCUUCAUGUUAAGCCAGCCACAGGCCUGAAUUCAUACAAGCUCAAACUCCUUCCUCCUGAGAGAUGGGACCUCCUCCCUGAUUAAUGCUCAUAAGAGAAUGGUGCUUUUCUUUAACAUAUAAAAAAUCUAAUUCCCUAACAGCUUUCUUAACCACAUUUAUGCCAGCAGGAUCAAGAAGGACCAUUUUAUUCUAUUUACCUUUAGUGAACAGAUUGCUAGAGACAACACCUGUCAACUAACAAUUAGGCCACUGUGGUGCAUUUAUACUGACCCUCCUUUCCAAUUCAUGUCCUUUAAUCCCAUACCAGUUCCGUAAGAGACUCGGCACGGAAAAGUAGUAUGUAUUUUUUUUAAAUGCCUAGUAGAGCAAAUCAACUAGAAAAAUUGCCAAGGGGAGCCUGUCACUAUGUCCACACCUUGCUAAGCCUAUGUGAUUCUUUCCAUGCCAGUUCCUUACAUAUUCCAUUUCCAAAGAACCCCACACUCCUGGACAGUGGCACUACCAUGAAUUUUAGGGUCAGAAAAUAAUCUAUUUCCUUGUGAAGGAAGCAGCUUCCUCAAGCAGUGUCACUUCAGUGCCCACUGCCCAGGCUUACUUACCCCUUGCCUCUACCUGCACCUCACUGCCCUCAAAUCCCACUGUACUACAGCAACAAUGCCUCCCUGGUGCCUGGAAAACCCACCCAGUGCACUAAAAUGCUAUGCAACACCAAAUGACUUCUUCCCUUAGUACUGCUCAAAAAUGGAAAUUCCUCAACAAUAUGCUUCAUCCUAUGCUAACAUCAAUGAACAGUGGCUACAGUUUCCUUUUCUUUUUUAAUAUGAAGCAAACCAUCUCUGUUACAAUCCAUGUUUGGGGCUUGUUCCUGUCUCUCUCGAGUGUGAAAUAUAAAUCAUGUUUUUAUGAUUUUUGUAAAUCUUGACUUUUUACACCUUGUUUUUGUAAGCCGAAGUUUCUUAUUAAAAGAAUAAAAUGGC